AUGCCUGAACAAGAUAUUGUUAUUAAAAUAUUUAAUAUAGUUAAAUGUGCAGCUCUUGGAAAAGUAAGAAAUUCUGAAUUUGCUCCAAUAAUAAAGAAUGCCAUAGAAAAUAAAGUAUUAACGAGGAAAGAGAUGCACCAAAUUUGUGGUUUAAUUAUAAGGUCACUAUUUGAAGAAGGAAAAUAUAGUUUAAAAUAUUUCAAGUUACUAGAAAGUUUAAUAAAUUUAUGUGUUAUAUCAGGUGACAUUGUUAUUGGAGUCAUUUUAAAAACAAAAUUUGAAAACCUUGAUAAGAAAAAUAUAGGAAACUUUUUCCUUUUAUUUAGAUUUGUUGAUUUUUUGGUUUCUAAAAAAAAGCCACCUUCUAGUAAAGGAAAUGAUACAAUGAAACUUGCGGAAGAAAUUUUAAGUAUUUUUAACUGGUAUGUAGAAUUAAUAACAUGGAACGCAAGUGAAAGUUUUACAAAUUUUGUUGUCAAAAGAUUACUUAUAUUACUUAAAAAUAGAUAUAAUUGUGUAUUAUUACAUGCUGUUUCAAAAAAGUCAAGUGAAUGUAAAAAACUUUUAGAAUCCAGGGCACUUAUUCUUGAAAAUAAAUAUCCAUUGAUAUCUACCUAUAUUAGAGAAAAUGUUUUAGUUUUUAAAUCAUUAUUGGAACGUCCAUAUACUACUGGCUUGAGGCUUGAUUUUGAGGCAGUUUCAUCAAUGAUAACAGUAUAUGCUACUGUUCGAACAUUAGAAUCAGCAAGAGAUAUUGCUGAAGCUAUUUAUAUGAUAUCAAAAAAUUUACAAUUUACUAAAACUAAGAUGUUGUAUGAUAUGUUUAAAGGAAUUUUAUAUAAUUUAUUUAACAAUAAAACAACACGUGAAGGAAAUUUAGUGUUUGGUUUUGCAAUUGUAAAAUUUCCUCAAAUUAUUAAAUCAUUACUAUAUGAUUUACGGGUUUUAGAUAAGAUGGAUAUUGUAACAAUUCUUGGUAAAAUAGUAACAGAAUCAAAAAUAUUAAAUAUUGUUGAUUUUCAAUGUAAAUUUUGUUUUUGGGAAAUUUUAAUGAGAGAACUAAGGAGACAAGAUUUAAUUAAUGAAUCUGAUAUGAAUGAUGCAAUAUCUCUUAGAUCUUCUGAAUAUAAUAAGAAAAAAGAUGAAUUUGAUGAAGCAUUAUUAUUACAACCUAGUUUAAAUUUUUCAUUAGAAGAAUGUAUAAAUGCAUGGGAAAGUUUAGUUAAAUUACCUUUUGAUAAUCUUUCAACAGUCUUUACGGGUUUAAAAAAUGUAAUUAAAGAAGGGGGAGAAAAUUUUAAUGGUAUUUUAAUGACAAUAUGGUUUAAAGAAGAACUUGGAAAUUUAAGCAGGUUAUUUUCAAAGAUUAAUUAUUUGUGCCAGAAUAUAAAUGAUUCAAUAGAUGAAAAUACAAAAACAAUUCGUUUAGAACUUUUUGAUAUAACAUUAAUGUUGCUUUUUAAAUUAUAUUUUCAUUUUCCAGAUUUUAGUAUUGAAGAAUUUGUUGGAUUAACAAAGGAAGAAGGAGAAAAUGAAAACGAGGAAAAUUAUUUAUUUUACGUGUGGAUUACAAAAAUUGAUAAAAGUAUUAAUAUACCAGAAGAUCCUAUUGAAGUUACUUCUGAUUUUGAUUGGAAAAGUAUACCAAUGACUGUAGUAGAUGAUUCACCGCAAGAUGUUGUAGGUCAGUUAAAUCAAAUUUUUACCGAAAAAGAAAACGAUGAAAAUAAACACAUUAGAAAAAGUGUUGAACUAGAGGAUAAAAAAGUAGCGCAAGAUAACGAAGAAAAAAUGGAAUCUGUUGAAAAUGUAAUAGAAGAAGAAGAUAUCAAAAAAAAUAUUGAAGAAAAGGAUGAAGAAGAAAUUAAAAAGGAAACCAAAGAUGAUGAAAAAAUGUCAGAGGGCAGUGAUAUAAAGACAGAUGAUUUAAAAUGUACUGAAAAAUUAGACAAUGAAGAAGAAGAUAUUCAAAUAAGAAAAAUUGUAAAUGAUUUAUACGAUGAUAAACCUUUUUGGAACGAAGAAUCUGAUUUUAUUCAAGUUAUUAAAUUAAUUCCAAAAAUAGCUUUUACAUUGUGUGAAGAUUUAAGAAAAAAAUUAUAUGAAAAGUGUAACGUUUUAGAUGCUAUAUGGUGCUUUAGAUCAAUGCCAUCAUUAGUUAUUUGCUUGGUUCAAUCAUUGGAGACAGCUAGAAAUACUCGUGCUCGAAAUGAUGUACUUGAUGCAAUUCAACUAGUAUUUAAAAAAGGAAAAUUUGAUGAUGAAACACUUUACGAUAAAUGGCAUUUUGUGUUUAAUAUUUUAGGUUCCAAAACAAAUGAUUUAAUCAAAGAUAGAGGUUACCUACCACCUGGAGCCGAUUAUUUAAUAUCUGGAUGUAGGAAAGUACUACCGGUAUUAGGAUAUAAAGAAACUCCAAAUUUAAAUCUUAUCGCUGAUGCCAUGGUAUAUACUAUUAAACAAAAUUUCGUCCUUCCUGAAGCACUAUAUAUAAUGGAUCGUAAAAUUAAUACAAGAGGAAUAGUUUUAUGGUGUGAUUUAUGUUUUCAAGAAAUAUCAAGGCUUGAAACACCUGAUGAAUUAGACUUAGCUACUUCUCUUUUACUUUCUAUAUCAUUUUGCAGACCAAAUGAAUGUUUUAAUCAAAUCACAAAACAUAUUGUUGAUUCAAUUCUUAAUCCUGAUACGUGGUAUAUAGCAACACACCAACCAAGAAGGUCUGCAUUAGCGAGGCUUCUAGUAAGAUCAAUGUGUUGUAUGAUUUGGGUUGCUGAAAAUAAGAAACACAAAGAGAUAUAUGAAGACCAAGCUUCUACCAUUGAAGUAGAUUCAAAUAUGAAUACUUUAGAAAUUGUAUUCUCAAGAUUUUAUAAAGAAACAUUAAGUGGACAUUUAAAACCAACAGUGUCUUUUAUACUUGAAUUUAUCUAUGAAAUGGCAGUUGCCCCACAAACACCAGAACUUUCAAAAUUGUAUUCAUUUGUAAAUAGAAAAUUUAUAUUUAACCUUGCAAGACUUGAUCCAUUUUCUGUGACAAUUGAUAUCUAUUAUAGAAUUUUUAACUUCGAUGACAAUGGUGACAACGGAAUUCUACAAUUUGCAACAUUAAAUCGUUUCAAAGAAAUACUUUAA